CCAUUCAAAUCUCCCCAUCAUAUUCACACACAGUAAAACACACACACACUUAACCCAAAAAAUGGCUCCCAAGGCAGAUAAAAAACCGGCAGAGAAGAAGCCCGCGGCCGAGAAAUCACCAAAGCCGAAAGCCGGCAAGAAGCUCCCGAAAGAGGCCGGUUCAGCGGCGGUGGACAGGAAGAAGAAGCACAAGAAGAGCGUGGAGACUUACAAGAUCUACAUCUUCAAGGUGUUGAAGCAAGUGCAUCCUGAUAUCGGGAUCUCCAGCAAGGCGAUGGGGAUCAUGAACAGUUUUAUCAACGAUAUUUUCGAGAAAUUGGCGGGAGAGGCUUCUAAAUUGGCCAGGUACAAUAAGAAGCCUACGAUCACGUCUAGGGAAAUUCAGACUGCGGUGAGAUUGGUGUUGCCUGGGGAAUUGGCUAAGCAUGCUGUUUCGGAGGGGACUAAGGCAGUUACCAAGUUUACAAGUUCUUAGGGUUUGGGGAUUGGGAAUUAGGGGUUGGAAUCGGGGAAUUAAGAAGGCUAUAUGUAUUUUGUUUUGAUAAAUGAUGUUUGAAUUGAUGAAUGCAUUUGGUAAUUUGUGUUCUGUUAUUGAAAUAUGAUCAAUGGAAAUAUUAUGUGUUGAAAUUCAUGUUUUGGUAUUUUAUUGAACUUGUUUAUUUUGCUUUUUA